AUUCGGGGAUGGAACUUUUAAUCAAAACAGUGUCACCCCUGAACCCACUGCUACACGCCAACGUAAGUGACCACAAUAGGAGCAACGGCCUAUAAAAAGACAGAAGGUAAUGCUGCAGUUUGUCCACCUCACCGCAGAGGCAGCGCACCCAGCACUGCUUGAUCAGGAAAAGCAGCAAUGUCUCCUGGGAGGCCUUCCUCGGUGUUACCGUCACUACUGCUGCUGAGUCUAGUGGCUACAGUGAAGGCAGGAAUUCCAGUCCCACGAAAUCCAGGGUGUACAACUCCUACGGAGGGCAAGAAUUACCUCCAGAAUGUCAAGGUCAACCUGAGCAUCCUUAAUCCCCUUACCCCAAAUGUGAAUUCCAGGAGGUCUUCAGACUACUACAAACGAUCCACCUCACCUUGGACUCUCCGCCGCAACGAGGACCCUGAGAGAUACCCCUCUGUGAUCUGGGAGGCCGAAUGCCGCUACUCAGGCUGCAUCAACGCGGACGGCAAAGAGAACCACCUCAUGAGCUCGGUCCCCAUCCAGCAAGAGACCCUGGUCCUGCGGAGGGAACCCCAGAACUGCCCGCUGUCCUUCCGCCUGGAGAAGAUGAGGGUCACUGUGGGUUGCACCUGUGUCUCCCCUGUCGUCCACCACGUGGGUUGAGAGUUCUGGUCCUGCCCGCCAGAAGCAGUGAGGCUUUCUGUGCAGCAGAGCCAGGGCUCAAGAACCCUUGUCCUCCUAAGACCCAGCCCCACUUGAGACCAAACUCGCUAGAGUUCUUAAAACAGCUCAUCCUAUUGAGAUUGGGGAAGUAACACCGUUCCAAGGUGGGGUCGGGAUCGCUGCCCUCUCUCACCAGGGAGGAAGGUUGAUUUUGCUUCUUGUUUGCUUAUCUCACUGCUUUAAGUUAUUUAUGUAUUUAAUUUGUCCUGAGAUUGCUUUGGGGCAUAAGAUUUCAUUUUAAUGAGUUACCUGUCUUGGAAAUUUUAUUAUUUAAAAAGUAAAAUGUAUUUAUAUGAGCUAUUUAUGAAUCUGUUUCCUAAGUCUUUAGAGAAAGGUGAGAGUUCCAUCUGGAGAAAUCCUACAUAGGAUGAAGUGGCAACAGGAAGGUUGUGAGCUUUCACAUGUAUGAGUAUGCGAUUUCUUCCUUCUGCCUCUUAGAAGCACAUGAUGUGACUGAAAAGGGAGAAGGAUUAAGCCUAAUUUCAUAUUUAUUAAUUUAAACUUUUAAAUUAUUGAGGUUUCAUAGAAGGGAUGAAAGGGAGGGCAAGUCUGACUCUGCUCUGUUAA